AAAACUUCGGAAAGUGUUAAAAGUGUUCAAAACUAAGUGGUAAAAUAUUAUAUUUUCUAACUGCAACCUAUCGGUAACUUAAGCGCAAUGGCAGCAUCUCGAGAACGGCGCGCAAAUGCCGGGCGUCGCAUGGCAAAUUUGCUGAACGAAGAGGAGGAGGAUGAUUUCUAUAAAACCUCAUACGGUGGCUUCAGUGAAACAGCCGAUGAUGGCGAUUAUGUACAAAAGAAUGACGACGAAGAAGAUAUCGUCGACUCUGACUUCAGUAUUGACGAAAACGAUGAGCCUAUCUCCGACGCCGACGAAGAACCGGCAAAAGGUGCAAAGCGGCGCAAGGUGGGCACGGUUACAAAAGCGUACCGCGAACCGGCCCCGAAGAAACCGACCGCACGGACGAAAGAACCUAAGCCAAAAACGGAACGACAGUCUACGUUGCGGAAGCGGCCCAAGUUUACGGUUAUCGACUCCGGUCGUAAGUCUUUUCGUAAAUCGACCGCCGCAAAAACUGCGGCCACGCAGAGCCGGUUGAGGCAGCGGUUCGAAGCGGAGCGAAAGCGAACCCGCGUAAUACGAACCGAAGAGUACAUUCCGACGCAGGAGGAAUUGUUAGAAGAGGCCGAAAUUACCGAACGAGAAAAUCUCAAGUCACUGGAGCGUUUCCGUAGGAUGGAACUCGAAAAACAGAAAACCAGACCUACGAAGCGUAAAUUCAUGGGACCUACUAUACGGUAUCUGUCGACCGCAAUGCCAAUAAUUGAAGAAAUUUCCAACGCCGCCAAAGGCGAUACCGAUCCUCUCAACAUCAGCAGUGAUGCAAAGGACGUAGAUGAUCAGACCAAAAGUUCCAGAGAUAAGACAAUGAAGCGGAACAAAAAGAGUACGACACGGCUGGAAGUGACUGGUCAAUACGAGCGGACAUUCAUUACCUUCGAAAAUGACAUCGACAACAAGGUAUUCGAUGCACUCUUUCCCAAACCGGAUAACGGUCGAAGGCUACGCCAGAUUUGUGCCGUUACUCGACUUCCCGCCCGCUACUACGAUCCCGUCACGCAGCUACCCUACCGCAAUGUGCAAGCGUUCAAAAUCCUCCGUGAAGCUUACUAUCAGCAACUGGAAGAACGAGGCAAUGUGGACAAUCCGGAAGUGACCCGGUGGCUGGAAUGGCGCAAGAAAAUUAAAGAGUACCGUGUGGCAGCGCUUAAGAAGAUGCAAAGCGCGGCCGGAGAAAAAGCGACGGCGGCGGGAGCGGGCACAACAAAACCAAGUGUCGCCAGUGUGAAAUGAGAACGUAGCCAAAUGUAAGUGAGUAUUUCAUAAAUUUGACUAUCUAGGAUCUAAACAGCAUAAAUAAACGUGCUAGGCUAAAGUGGCAUUUAUUAAGGUAUA